CAUACAAUUUCCAUCCGUACGAAGUGCCGUGUCUGUAAUCCAAAGUGAGGCUUAGGACGUUGGUAACGCAACUAUGAGUUCAUGCAGAUCGAUUGUGACACAGGGGCUGUCAAAUAUUUAAGGUAAGCUGAGAGUUAACCCCACCAACUUUCCACCAACUUUCCACCACCCUGCUCGCCCUUCCGAGGACACCACCACCAACUAUAAACCAACUCCCACACUACGUCCGCCUUGGAAUUUGCGAUUCAAUUCUCAUAAAGCACCUUCGCCUUAUACUCGAUAGCUUGUCCGAUAUACACCCAACCGCUCCAUCGGUUACAUUCAACAAUGGCGUCAGCGACUGCCGAGCAGACUCCGGCUCCGAACAACACAGGCGCACCCUCGGCGGGGAGAGGAGGAGGAGGGCGGAACCGAAGGGGAGGAGCCAGCGGAGGAGGCGGAGGAGACGGUGGUAGGGAAGAACGCCGUCCGAACAGAGGCCGCGGUAGAGGUGGCCGAGGUGGCGGCGAUGAACCUGCGGGGACCGGAGGACGCGGGGGUCCGCGGAAGCCAAGAGGAAUCGGAAGAGGUGGAGAUAUCAAUGCGAACGCACGGAAACCAGGGGACUCGAACGGACCUGCGCAGACAUUGCUAAGGGUUGCUCCGGGAGUGCCGCCAGCAGUUCAGGAUAGUGACGAUGCGGCCUCGGAGGGCACAGAGUCCGAAGUUUGUUUUAUCUGCGCGGACCCGGUCAGGUACAUCGCAGUGCCGCCUUGUAACCACCCGACCUGCCAUAUCUGCUCUCUUAGAAUGCGUGCCUUGUAUAAGAGCAAGACGUGCGCUCAUUGUCGGGUGGAAUCCGAAUAUGUCAUUUUUACCAAGGAGCACGAGAAACUCUUCGAAGAUUUCAAGGACUCAGAGACUAUCGCCGAAAACGCUGCACUGGGCAUCAAAUAUGACGACCAAGCGAUCUGUGACGAUGCCACCUUACUACUCCGUUAUAACUGUCCAGAGGAAACGUGUGACCGGGCAUGUCUGGGUUGGCCAGACCUCCAUGGUCACGUCAAGCGCGAGCAUAGCCGUGUCAUGUGUGAUCUUUGCACUCGCCACAAGAAGGUUUUCACCCACGAACACGAGCUUUUCACGGCUGCCGAGCUGCGACGCCACGAACGGCACGGGGACGACCAACCCGGCUCGGAAAGUCAGAGUGGUUUCAAGGGACAUCCCGAGUGCCAGUUCUGUAACCAGCGCUUUUACUCGGUAGACGAGCUGUUUGUACACUGUCGGGACAAGCACGAACGCUGCCACAUCUGUGAGCGCAGUCGUCCUGCUGACCAGCAACCGCAGUACUACUUCAAUUACGACACCCUGGAAUUGCACUUUAAAAAGGCACAUUACGUCUGCCCCGAAAGCGAGUGUCUUGAGAAGAAGUUUGUGGUGUUUGAACAUGAGAUUGAUCUCAAAGCUCACCAGCUUGAGAAACAUCCCAACGGGCUUAGCAAGACUGCAAUGCGAGAUGCCAGACGCAUCGAUAUGAGUAACUUCCAGGACGCGCGGUCAGUGCAGCCCCAGAACGACGGCCGACGGCGCGGUCGCGGAGGAAGAGGAGGUGACAGCGGCGGCGGCAGAGGACGUCACGAGUUAGAGGAUCCUCCAAUCAGGACAGUGCAGCACAUGAGCCGGGCAGAAAUCGCGUUUCACCGCACUCAACAGCUUGCUAUCCAGAGCGCACAGUCAACUACGCCCCGGACCUUUGGAGGACAGCUGUCAGAGCCCGCAUUUGCGGCCCGACCAGCGCCACAGCCCGCCAGACCUCCACAGACGCAGAGCGUAGAAGUGCCACAGUCACAGUCACAACAGCCCAGGCAUGUACCAGGGAGCACACCGGCGCCACCACGCACUAUCACGCCACCCACAAGCAACGCCGCAUUCCCUCCGCUCGCCGCCGCCCGCCCUGCGAACCCGACACGAUCCGCACAGCCCGCACAGCCUACGCAGAACCCCGCUGAAACGCGAGCUCUUCGUCAUGCAUCGGUGAUCGACCGCGCGAGCAACAUGCUGCGCAACGAUGCCACAAAGAUGCAGCUAUUCCGCAACGACAUCAGUAAAUUCCGCACCGGCGCCAUCUCUGGCGAGAACCUGGUGGACAUGCUGUGGAGUCUAUUCGACGGUAGUGCUAAGGAGCUCAACACGCUCAUCAACGAAGUCGCAGAGCUCUACGAGGACGAGUCAAAGAGGAGGGAGUUCCUCAAAGCGUGGAACAACUGGAAGGCAAUCAACCAAGACUACCCUCCCAUCGCCGGUGCCUCCUCCCAAUCAGCCUCCACAUCCACGAAUGCCAAUCGCGUGCUAAAGCUCAAAUCCUCCACCGCGCGCUCCGGCCGCUCCGCUGCUGCCUCAGCCUGGGGCACCGCAGCUGUUGCUCCCACGCAGUCCGCAUCAUCCGCCUCCUCCGCCCUCCCCAAGCCCAUCGUCAACCCCAACCGCGUGGGCAAAGGCGCCGUCAGCGCCACACCAUGGGUGACAAAGCCCGCCGCGCCACCCCCACCUACGACCACCACCUACGCCUCCUCGUCAUCCUCCUCCUCCGCCGCAGCGACCAGGCGCCCAGUGGGCCGAGACGAGUUCCCGAGCCUGCCGCCGAAGAAGCAGCCGGCGGGAUGGACUCCGAUCCCUAGCAGGAACCGCUGGGACGCGCCUGCAGCGACUGGUAAUGCGUGGGUGCCUGGGAGUGCCGAGGCUGCUGCACAGGACGAGGCAGACAACUUGGGCGAGAACGGCGGCGGAAAGAAGAAGAAGGGGAAGCAAAAGCAGUUGCUGUUUCAUGUUGGGUUGUAAUGAAACCGUGAACGGAACGGAGAGGGAGAGAGAUGAAUGGAAAUGGAAAUGCGUAGCGUGUGGGAUGAAAGGCGUAUAAUCUAUUUGUUACUUGCGAUAACUAGAGGGCGGGCUUCGGGCUUCUGUGCCAGGACAUACCUACCGCUGUUUUGGCUUGUGCGGUACAUUGGUUAGAAUAGUAUUGUACAGAGCAUAGUGUCUGCGAGGUCUUAACGGAGUCUGUUCAG